AUGCCUGACGCUCCGACCACAGACCUGGCCAACACUUCGACAAGUCGGGAGAUGCAGAUCACCCCAUCUACCUCAGAAUACUCCGACUCUGGCCCCUGCUCUGAUUCCUGCGACUGCGACUGCCACUCACACUUCUCCGACUCUGAGGAUGAAGACGACAAGAAGACUCGACUGGCAGAUAUGACAAAGGACGUUACCGGCAUCUCGGAAGGCUUCGGCCUGUCAGUCGAGCCAGCAACUGAUGAACACGAUCUCGGCAAGCAGUGGGAGAUCUUGUCAAUGCUCUUCAAGAAAGAGAAAGGCAUACCAUACAAGUCCAAGCAGCGUGGCGUCGAAUCCGAGACUCCGACUGCUGUUCCGGCCCAGAGGACAUCCUCAUCGAGUACUGGAGGAAGAAAGCCACCUCGGCAGAAAAUCAGCAUGCUAGCGCGAAGCAGCGCGUUGCCAGCUUGGAGAAGGAGAACAGAACGUUGUACCUAA